AUGCGUCACAAUCACGGGAAAUCAAGCAGGGUUUCAAUGUUGAAGCAAGGAGUGAUUGCAGGGUUAUUUAGAGAAGAGUUGAAGAGGAAUGUCAACUUACAAGCAGCAGUGAUCAAAGACACAAUCAAGGAGAGGUAUAACAUUGUUGUUCCAAUGUCAAAGUGUUAUAGAAGGAGGAAGAUCGCUUUGAAUACUAUCAUGGAAGCUCGGACAACUCAAUUUGCUAAGCUCUGGGAUUAUGAAGCUGAACUGAAACGGACACAUCCUAAUAUCAGAACUGAGCUUUGCACAAUCCGUAAGGAUGAUGUCGAUGUGGACAUGUUUGACUGCUUCUAUAUCUACUUUGAUGAGUUUCGAACAACAUGGAAGAAUUGUUGCAGGCCAGUGAUUGGGUUGGAUGGAUGCUUUCUGAAAUGGGAUUUGAAUUGUGAUUUACUUGCAGCUGUUGGAAGAGAUACCGACAACCGAAUGUAUCCAAUUGCAUGGGCGAUUGUCAGAGGUGAGACUAAAUACACUUGGGGUUGGUUUAUUAAGAAGCUUAAAGUGGACCUUGACUUAGAGAAUGGAGAGAAUUUCACAAUAAUAUCCGAUAAGGAGAAGGGUUUGGUGAUUGCCAUGGAUGCUGAACUUCCAAAAGCAGAGCAUCGUACGUGUGCAAGACAUAUCUAUGCUAAUUGGAAGAAACAAGGUUUUGCGAGAUCAGAGUACAGGAACUUGUAA